GGUUGAGAUGGGCGAGACCAUGUCCAAGAGGCUGAAGCUCCAUCUGGGAGGGGAAGCAGAGAUGGAGGAGCGGUCUUUCCCCAACCCCUUCGCGGACUACGAAUCCGCUUCCUCCGUGGCAAUUGCCGGCAGCGGCGCUUCCGAAGAGCAUCCCCCGCCCAUCGGGAAUGAUCUGGGCCUCCCAUUUCACGGCGAUGGGAAGAUCAACUCCAGUUUUACAAAGAAGAUACAGGCCAAGAUCAAGGACCUUCUGCAACAGAUGGAGGAAGGGCUGAAGACUGCUGACCCGCAUGACUGCUCUACAUACACGGGCUGGACAGGUAUAGCCCUCCUGUACCUGCAGAUGUACCGGGUCACUUCAGACCAGGCGUACCUGCUGCGAUCUCUGGACUACGUGAAGAGAACGCUGCGUAAUCUCAACGGCCGGAGGGUCACCUUUCUCUGUGGGGACGCGGGGCCCCUUGCCGUGGGCGCCGUGGUGUACCACAGACUAAAGAGUAACAGCGAAUCCAAAGAGUGCAUCACAAAACUUUUGCAGCUACAGAAAACCGUUGUAAGUCCAGACUCGGACCUUCCGGAUGAACUCCUUUAUGGACGGGCAGGUUAUCUCUAUGCCUUACUGUACUUGAAUACAGAGAUUGGUCCAAACACAGUGUCUGAUUCAACCAUCAAAGAGGUAGUAAAUGCUAUCAUUGAUUCAGGUAAAAAUUUAUCCAAGGAAGAACGCAAAAGUGAACGCUGUCCACUGCUGUACCAGUGGCAUAGGAAGCAGUAUGUUGGAGCAGCUCAUGGCAUGACUGGAAUUUAUUAUAUGUUAAUGCAGCCAGUAUCAAAUGUGGACCAGGAGACCUUGACAGAAUUGGUGAAACCAAGUAUUGAUUAUGUACGGCAUAAAAAAUUCCGAUCUGGAAAUUAUCCAUCAUCAUUAAGCAAUGAAACGGAUAGAUUAGUCCACUGGUGCCAUGGUGCCCCUGGGGUUAUACAUAUGCUUCUACAAGCCUACAAGCUCUUUAAGGAGGACAAAUAUUUGAAGGAUGCUAUGGAAUGCAGCGAUGUCAUCUGGCAGAGAGGCCUGCUCCGGAAAGGCUACGGGAUCUGCCACGGGACGGCAGGGAAUGGCUACUCCUUCUUGUCCCUCUACCAUCUCACUCAGGAUAAAAAGUACCUGUACAGAGCCUGUAAGGUUGGAAGGACCCAGCGGGCAGAGGAGGGCUCAGGGAAUGAAUGGCCCCCCGCGGACCGCCAGAUCGUCCUUCUGAUGGCAUGCACUCACCCCAACGGGGCUGACUUCCCAAAGCUCUCUGCCAUUCUUGGGAUGAGGGUCAGGCUCCGUCAUGCCGUGUUUGCCCAGGCUGCCCUCUUGGUCUGGAUGCCCCUCUUCCUGCCUUUUGAGAUACUCUCAGCCUAUCUCAGGUCUAGACCACCUGUCGCCAGCACUUCAGAACCUUUCCUGGGACUUGUGGGCAGAAGAGGCCACCUGCCCAUCCCCAGGCAGUCCUUGCUCUUUGGGGGAAAAUGCUUCUCACUCCUUGUCUUCUUCUGUAGUGACAUCGUCAGGGAGCGUGGCACAGACUGGAUGGGCUCUAAAUUCUCUAAAAGUGCCUUCUUUGGAGAUUGUCCAGAAGGUGGGGUGUGUGCAGAGCCUGGGCCGACCAGCGCCCUCUCAGCCUCCCUGCUUCUGGGUCCUUAUUCCCAGAAGUCCCUGCCAGAGCCCCCCUGCCACUCACACUCACGUGCUGCCAGAGCCCCUCUGCCACUCACACUCAUGGGCUGCCAGAGCCUCCCUGCCAUUCACACUCACAUGCUGCUAGAGCCCCCCUGCCACUCACACUCACGUGCUACCAGAGUGCCCCUGCCACUCACACUCAUGUGCUGCCAGAGCCCCCCUGCCACUCACACUCAGGGCUGCCAGAGCCCCCCUGCCACUCACACUCACGUGCUGCCAGAGCCCCCCUGCCACUCACACUCACGUACUGCCAGAGCCCCCCUGCCACUCACACUCGUGUGCUGCCAGAGCCCCCCUGCCACUCACACUCACGGGCCCGCUGUCCCCAUCCCUUCUGAAGACUCCCCCCUCCCUUGUGGUGCGCUGGCCCGGAGCUGGCCCCGGCCUCCCCCUCCCCGGCCCAGCACCCCCUAUAGGCCUCACCAGCCUGUGGGGAGCUGCUUGCAUCCAGCAGAAUUUCUUCUUGUUCCCGUUUAUCCCUGCCCUCGUCUCCUCCAUUUGAAUCAAGUUUUCGUUCAGUUCCUAGCGCGGGCCGGCACGGUGCUGGGGGCCACACCAGAAGCAGCAGCGGUCCCUGCCCCAGAGCUGGCCCUGUCCUGGGAAAAUAAUGUUUUGUGUAUUGCAGGUAUGGGUGGCGCGAUUCACUUUCUGUCAGAUAUCCUGGUUCCAGAGACAUCUCGCUUUCCAGCGUUUGAACUUGGCCCUUCACAGAAGGCAAAAAGGGCAGAAAAAGACAGCUAAGAACAUCCAUUUGUACCAAAAGCAACACAGUUGCUUAGUGCCUGAGACACAACCAACUUUGAUCUUAAAGAAGUCAGCAUCUACCCUUGUCCCCACAUACACACACUUUGUCCAGAGCACCACGAAAAGCAUGAACGAAGGAAACCACCACAUCGGUGUUUUGUUGCAAUGUUACCAUCAGUUGUGUAAAAUACGAAUUCCUUAAACUCUUUUGCCAUUCUUCCCUUCA